AUGCCUCCCCGACGAAGAAGAUUCGUUAACCUGACUCCCCAGACCUAUCCAUCUUCAUCUGUUGUUGCCCCUUCCUCUUCUGCUCCUACUUCAGCUUCUGCUGCUGGGCCCUCGUCUUCUUCUCUUGCUGCCCCGUCCUCUACUGUGGCUGUUUCUGUGCCCUGUCCGUCUUCUGCGGUUGCUUCUGCGGCCGCCAUUGUUCAACCUACUAUAUCAGCCGUUGACAACAUGGCCCACAAGAAGAGCCGAAGCAUCAAGAAUGCCCCUGUCAAGGGCAAGUUCAAGGGCAAGGGCAAGGGCAAGAAGAAGGCCCAACCCAAGGCUAAGGCUGUGCGAGAUCCCUCCCCACUCCCCUCCGUCAACGAGCACGACUCUCACCCCACCAAACGCAAGCGCGUCCAUUCUACUCAGCCAGUCACAGAAGCUGAGCCUGAACCGAACACUGUUCUCACCGAAUACGAGAUGCCCGAUCACCCAACAGACAACCUCAAGGGUUCCAUGAGACUGGGUCUCCACUCUGCCUACUCACGACGGCUUGAAGAGCGUCUCAACCAGCUGGCAGUUGAUUACACCGCUGUCGUCACUUCGACCAGAGAACUCCUGGAUCACAUUGAAGAAUGGAAAGCAGCCUGGGGGGGUGGACAGUAA